AUGCAAGCAAGGAAAGCCAUAGUCUGCGGACUCUCAGCGAAAGAAAUCAUACCACCACUUCACCAAAACACCCAACAAGCAAAUGAUAAUCAAGCAAGGAGACUCAUCAUUUGCAGACUCCCGGCAAAGGGAAUCAUACUUCAGCUCCACCAUCAGGCACGACAAGAAGUAGAUGAUGAUCAAGGACGUGAUGAAGAAGCAGAUGAUGAUCAAGGAAGUGAUGAAGAAGCAGAUGAUGAUCAAGGAUGUGAUUUGGAGGAGAUCACAUGA